CAACCAACCGUCAGUGCGCGCGGAUCGGUCGCGCGCGGUGGUUGGUUGUGUGAGUUAACCUGGUGGAUCUGCGUGGUGAGCGUCGCGUGUGCGCGUGUAAAAUAAAGCGAGAUGGCGAACACCGACGACGUCGGCAUCGGCGAUUUCGUGCUGCUGGACGAGAUUACGGUUGAACGCGUGGUGCAGAAUCUCAAGACAAGAUUUAACGCAGGGAAAAUUUACACGUACAUCGGCGAAGUAUGCGUUAGCGUGAAUCCGUACAGAAGCACCAACAUCUACGAUGUGGAUCAAAUUAAUAAGUACAAAGGUAGAGAGCUAUUUGAAAAUCCGCCGCACAUCUUUGCGAUCGCGGAUGCGGUUCAUAAAGAGAUGAAGCAACAGGGUAGGGACACAUGUAUAGUAAUAAGCGGCGAAUCAGGAUCCGGUAAAACAGAAACUAGCAAAAUCAUUAUGAAAUAUAUCGCCGCCGUGACGAAUCUAAGCGGACAGCAAGAAAUCGAGAGGGUAAAGAAUAUUCUCAUUCAAUCGAAUUCGAUAUUGGAAGCGUUUGGCAACGCCAAGACAAACAGGAAUGACAACUCGUCACGGUUCGGAAAGUAUAUGGAUAUCAAUUUCGAUUUCAAGGGAGACCCCGUGGGAGGUCACGUGACUAAUUAUCUUCUAGAGAAAUCGCGGGUGGUUUAUCAGCAAAAGGGAGAACGCAACUUUCAUUGCUUCUAUCAGUUACUAAAUGGUUGCAGCGAGACCGAAUUGAACAAGCUACGUUUGGUCCGCGACCCGGCCGCAUAUUAUUUUGUCGGCAAUGGAAAUAAUAAUAAAACGACAAUCUCCGACAGAAGCGACUAUAAAGCCGUUUGCACUGCCAUGUCUAUCCUGGGAUUUUCUCCGAAUGAGGUGCAGACCAUAUGGAAUAUCGUCGCUGGUAUUUUGCAUUUGGGUAAUGUCACCUUUAGGUUGGACGACGAUAAGCUUAUAAUUGAGAAUAAUAGCGCUUUAAGUGACACGGCCAACUUGUUUUCCAUAAACUCGAAAGAUCUGAGCACUGCUCUUUCACAGAGAGUCAUAGCAGCAGGUGGAGAAGUCAUGCAGAAAACUCAUACUUUAAUAGAAGCUGAGUAUGGCCGAGACGCUCUGGCAAAAGCUAUAUAUGAGCGAUUAUUUACAUGGAUAGUGUCGCGAGUAAAUGAUUCGAUCAACGUGAAUGAUAACAAUAGGGUGAAGAGAUACGGAACGUUGAUCGGCGUGCUAGACAUCUAUGGCUUUGAAAUCUUUGACAUGAAUAGUUUUGAGCAGUUUUGCAUCAAUUAUUGUAACGAAAAACUGCAACAGCUCUUUAUUGAGUUGGUACUGAAACAAGAGCAAGAAGAGUAUCAGAGGGAAGGGAUUGCUUGGCAAAACAUUGAAUAUUUCAACAAUCAGAUUAUCUGCGAUUUAGUUGAACAAGCUCAUAAGGGAAUUAUAGCAAUCAUGGAUGAAGCUUGUCUUAAUGUCGGGAAAGUCACUGACGAGAUGCUUCUCAAUGCAAUGGAUAAAAAACUAGCAGACCAUAAACACUAUAGCUCUCGACAAUUAAAACCAAUGGAUAAAGAAUUAGAACACAGAACAGAGUUCAAAAUCAAACAUUAUGCUGGCGAUGUGGUUUACAAUAUCAAUGGCUUUCUCGAUAAAAACAAAGACACGCUCUUUCAAGACUUUAAACGCUUGCUCUAUAAAAGCAAUAAUUCCAUAAUCAGUAAAAUGUGGCCUGAAGGUGCCCAAAAUAUUUUGAAGACGACGAAGAGGCCUUUAACUGCUGGCACAUUGUUCCGCAAUUCUAUGAUUGCACUGGUGAAGAAUUUAGCAAGUAAGGAACCAUUUUAUGUCAGGUGUAUAAAACCUAAUGAAGUGAAGUCUCCUGUUGUAUUCGACGACGAGAGAGUAAACCAUCAAGUGAGAUAUUUGGGACUCUUAGAGAAUAUAUUGGUAAGACGAGCUGGUUUUGUAUACAGGCAACGAUACGACAGAUUCCUGAAAAGAUACAAAAUGAUAUCACAAUACACAUGGCCAAACUUCCGAGGUGGUAACGACAAGGACGGUGUACGCACAUUGAUGGAAGAGAAAAAUUUCUCAAAUGACGUUAAGUAUGGUCACACGAAGAUAUUUAUUCGUUCGCCGCAAACUCUAUUUGCGUUAGAAAAGGCUCGCAGCGACUUAAUACCGGGUAUCGUAGUCCUGCUGCAAAAGCAAUGGCGAGGGUAUCUCUGUCGUCAAAAGUACAAGAAGAUGAAGGCUGCAUUAAUUUUGAUAGAUCACUAUAGAAGAUACAAACGACGCGUUUAUAUCAAUGAGCUCGAACGAACAUUCAGAAAUGCCAAGAACAUGCAGAAUUAUGGCAAACAUUUACCGUGGCCGCGCGAAAAUUUCGCUGUAAGACAUGUGAUGCCCGCUUUGAAAAAUAUGUAUGCGAGAUGGCGGGCGUGGAUGGUGCUCAGAGUAAUUCCUCGGGAAGAUUGGCCUCAACUACGAUUGAAGAUGGCAGCGGGUGCUGUGUUGCGUUCUAAGAGAUCUUACUGGGGCCAGGACCGUCGUUGGGAAGGAAACUACUUAUCUAAACCAGACGAGAAUCCUCAGAGCGAUAUCUUCAAUUCCUCGAUAAACAACCUUCGGAACACUGAUCAUUUCAAGACUGUUUUAUUCAGCGCAUUUAUCAGGAAAACCAACAGGUUUAACAAGCCAGCAGAUCGCGUUUUAGUGGUGACAGAACAUGCUGUAUACAAGCUGGACGACGUGAAAUUUAAAAGCAUGAAGAAAGGCAUGCCAAUCGCGGAAAUCACUGGUCUCAGCGUUUCACCGGGGAAGGAUCAGUUUAUCGCGAUACAUUCGAAUCGCGGAAAUGAUUUUAUUCUAUCCAUCAGUGCCAAAGAUGAUAGGAUCGGAGAACUAGUUGGCAUACUAAGCAACCGAUACUAUCAAUUGCGCGGCGCCGAUUUACACGUAACAGUCGACAUCAAGUUUAAGUGCAUGCUAGGCAAUAAGAGUAGAUUGCUACGCAUUGAGGUGAUGCCCGACGUGAAUGAGCCUACAUUCAGGAAAGACGGUAAUCAAAUUAUUUAUGCCAUUCCACCAUCGGUGAGCAUCAUUGACGGUGGCACUAAUACUAGACAACAAAUUCGCACGGCCAGUUAAAAUCUGACAAGCUAUUCGAAGUGCUGUACUAUGUAUCGGAUAUAUUUUGUAAUAAUAUAUAUGUAGAUCAUAAACACAUAUUGCGCGCCAUAAUAUCAUUGUUCAGAAAAUCCGCUCAACAAUUUCACGAUACAUCAAAUUUCGCAUUUGAAAGUUUUCCCAGUUAAAUCGAUUGUUCCACAAUAUAUUUUUCUGCAAUAUUAAUAUUAAUCAUGUUAUGACAUAUAUAGGUGUAAUUUUAUUAUGAUAAAAUGCAAUUAAAAAUCAAAUCAAUGUUUGCAUUUAUUACGUAAUUAGUUCAAAUUAAAUAUAAUAAAAAAUUAAAGAAAUAUUAACAUUUUUUUUUUUAAAUUAAAUGCUAAAAAGUUUGAAACUUUAUCAACUUUUCUAUGCCUGCAUAAUAAACGUGUCCAAAAUAUGCAAAAAAAAAAAAAA